AUGGAGUACAUCUUAGGCUUCAGUAGUUUUGCCCCAGGCACGAACUCUAUUGUGCAGUUGGUGUAUCGUUCAGNCACCUUAAUAUUGGUCUGUAUUCUUCCAGGCACUGCCGAAGUAUCUUCUAUUCUUGAGGAACGUAUUCUAGGGGCUGACAUUUCGGCUGAGCUCCAGGAAACUGGGCGCGUGCUUUCCAUCGGUGACGGCAUUGCCCGUGUGUAUGGCUUGAAAAAUGUUCAAGCAGAAGAAAUGGUGGAAUUCUCGUCUGGGUUGAAGGGUAUGUCUCUGAAUUUGGAGCCUGACAAUGUUGGUGUGGUAGUAUUCGGUAACGACAGAUUGAUUAAGGAAGGAGACAUUGUGAAGAGAACGGGGGCCAUUGUGGAUGUGCCCGUUGGAGAGGAGCUGCUGGGGCGUGUGGUCGAUGCUCUGGGGAAUCCCAUCGAUGGAAAGGGUCCCAUCACUUCCAAACUCCGCAGGAGGGUUGGCUUGAAGGCUCCUGGAAUCAUCCCCAGGAUCUCUGUCCGGGAGCCCAUGCAAACCGGGAUCAAGGCAGUAGACAGCCUGGUACCCAUUGGCCGUGGGCAGCGGGAGUUGAUCAUUGGAGACAGGCAGACUGGCAAAACUUCAAUUGCUAUCGAUACCAUAAUUAACCAGAAAAGAUUUAAUGAAGGAACUGAUGAGAAGAAGAAACUGUACUGUAUCUACGUUGCCAUCGGUCAGAAGAGAUCAACCGUUGCUCAGCUGGUGAAGAGGCUGACUGAUGCAGAUGCCAUGAAGUACACUAUCGUGGUUUCUGCCACAGCCUCCGAUGCUGCCCCUCUCCAGUACUUGGCUCCUUAUUCCGGCUGUUCCAUGGGCGAAUACUUCAGAGACAACGGCAAACACGCCUUGAUCAUCUACGACGACUUAUCUAAGCAGGCGGUGGCCUACCGUCAGAUGUCUCUCUUGCUGCGACGUCCCCCUGGCCGUGAGGCGUACCCGGGCGAUGUGUUCUACCUGCACUCUCGUCUUCUGGAAAGAGCAGCCAAAAUGAACGAUGCAUUUGGAGGGGGAUCCCUGACCGCUCUCCCAGUCAUCGAGACUCAAGCUGGUGAUGUGUCAGCCUACAUUCCAACGAACGUGAUCUCCAUCACCGAUGGGCAG